AUGUGGCAGCUUGCCCAACAUCCCAAUUUCAUCGCCUUCAAGCCCAAGAGUGACAAGUACUUGUGGAGUGUUCAGGCCAAUCCUGAGCAGGUAACAAAGAUUGACUCCGGCGCGCACUACAAGCAGGCCAUUCCGGUGGCUGGGCUUGUGGAUUCGUUCCAGAAGCAGGAAAAAACCCUCAAGGAGCCCUAUCCCGAGGACACUUUCUCGGCUGAUGUGAAGAGCAGCAGGAUAUCAAGCGGGAGAUUCAGGUGUUCAAGAGGGUGUCAGAUGAGAGGAUUGUUGAAUACUAGAAAGAUGGAAGACUUUCACAAUGCCUAUUUCGAGUUGGCCAUUGAUCCACUCAACAAGCUAAUUUUCUGGCCACACAAUCCUGAGGACCAACUUGAAUACAUGGACAAGGAUGCACCGGAAUCUUCCGGAUGUCAUUAA